CUCUUCUACCGGGAAAACCCGGGUCCUCGCUCUUCCAUGAUAUUCGUACCGCGCAGCAGACUUGUGUGGACAAUGAGGGCCGCUGUCGUGGUCUCAACAGUGUCUUCGAUACCGACGUGGGGAGGUAUAUCUACGAAGUUUAGGGCUUCUCAUUGUUUUAACCGGAAUACGAUUCCCACUUUCUCUCCUGAGGGUAUUGACUUUCCAGCGGUGGCAUUUUUCUGUGUCUCUUUGUCUGAGAAGCUGAAGUGAUUGGAAGUUAGAAAAGCUCUUCAGAGUCUUGUCUUGUGUAUCUUUCUUUUAGAGGAAUGACUUCGAAGAAUUAAGAUUUAGGGUUACAUAAUCAGUUACGGUGAGCUCUAAGAAGUCGUUUUUGGAGACGGCGAAGACGGCCUCGCGCAACAUGGAGACGUCGACGGAGUCCAACAUGGAGAUGCCUUUUUGUUACGUCGUGUAGCUUUGGGCAACUAGAUCCAUAUAGACUGUGCUUAGAAUAGAGCUCACGACCCGGACCCUAAUCCAUCUUGAGACUCAUCUUGGAGCCGUUUUUAGGCGUUGGCCUGUUCACUUAUCAAUCAAACUACCGGGGUGGGUUCGACCGCCUUCUCGCGCCUGAAGAGGGUUCUAAACUUCAAUCCACCUCAACUAUUUACUCGUUGACAAAAGGAGCUCGAUUUACUUAGUAGAAAAUUGAGUGAAAUAUACUUCUACUACUCUCUUUAAUUUCGGCCAGUGUACGCCGGGUCGCGCAGAAAACGGGGACGGACCUUGCGGUGGUGUUGACCCAAUCCGGCCAACACCGAUGGACCUACGAUUGCGCUUGCUACAAUGACGAGAAGAGUCGAUUUAUGGACGAGUUGUGAUUAAGUACUUCAAUAGGCUUCAAGAAGAGUAGUACCAAAAAGAUGAGUUCCAGUUAGUUCAUGGUUGCCAGCAUAUAAUAAUGAGUUAGAAUUAAAUCGCGAUUUCCGGCAGAUGGCGAGUUGCUAUUGCUUAGUGAUCAUCUUCCUUGACCAUCUCGGUGACAUGACUAUAUAGUCACUUUCAUCACAUAAAGAUUUUCUAUCGAUUAUAAUGUAUGUUAUCACAGAAAUCUUCAUGAUUAGCAAUUAUACUUUCGACGACCUUGAUGUCCUGUGCCUUCAUAUUGUCUCUCUACAUCGAUCUCCUGCGAUACUAUCGAACUGGUGUGCCUGCAAUGUCUCUGAUAGUGGACCUAGCAGCUUUCUUGACUGAGCCCCUUUCGGAAUCACGUUGUCCUGCGGCUACUCUUUCAGCCGUUCUGCUCAAGUUAUGACGGAUUUUUACUUCGAUGUUUUCAGAGAGUCUCGUCCAUACACCACACGACUUGCUCCUUCCCAACAUGCUGUAAGAUCAGAGACUACGACGGACAACUACAUUACUUCUUGCAUCAAUGUUUUAUUCAAACUGGUUUCAAAGAAGGAGUCUCUAGUCGUUUAUCAAAAUAGUUUUUAACUAAAGAAAGAAGUAGCUCAAUACCUAAAUUUGAAUGUUCCGUUUCAUAAGUGAACAAGGCAGCCUAUUUCCGUUGUUCAAAAAUUUACUACCAAGAUGUCCUCGCAGGUUGGGCUCGGUGUGCGAAUGUAUAGUAAGCCACGAGUUGCGGUUUCUACUUUUGAGAGUUCUGACAAGAAAACAUUGGAUCUCCUUAUGCAUCAAGAGACCAUUUCCGGGGACCUCUAACGACAGUCGAGGAGAUGGCGCACUAUGAUCGCCGUGGCGCGUUACGCGUAUUUGACAGGUAUGGGGUGGAGCUUCUUCGCGCACUCGAAAAGAACCGUUUGACACCAGAAGAGGUAGACACGGUCUGGUACCUUAGGCAACGCUUUGUGGACAUGAAAAAUAAGCUAGGGAUUUUUCGCGGGAAAGAAUUGGCAUUGGGUGGAAGAGGAUUGGCAUUGGGCUUGGGGAAAGAGGUUUUAUGA